UAUAACCUCAAAAUGAAGUCAAGCAAGCUUUCAUAAAUAAUGUUUAGUAAAUUGUCAAUAAUAUUUAAUUCGAUAUAUUUUUUAUCUUAAACAUUUUGUUGUUAGUUCAUACGUGUGUUUACUACUAUAUAAAGUAUUACUGUGACUGAGUUUACCAUGAGCUUCUUUCGUCCAUCAACUGUGCCAUGAAAUGAUUUUAUAAUGGCUACUUCUGAAAAUUGGUUUAAUCGACGGAAAGGCAAAACGACCAGUGAUGUGUUUAAAUUGGACAUUAAAAACAAAACACCAAAGGAGAAUGUAAUAUCAAUAAUUGAGGGUCUGUACUUAAUGAAACCAUUGCAUCAUGAGAUUUCGCCCACAAGCAAAACUGUGCCGAAGGUCACAGUGUUCCGUGGAGCUCAGAGAAGCAGCUCAGACACCCGCAAACUGUCCUACUUGAAUGCAUUGGUGACACUCCUGGGCAAGGAGGACAUCAGCAACCUGGGAUUCACUUCUGAUGAAUUGAUGACAUGCAUAAGAAUAAGCCUGGUGGAUGAGUCCAUGGUGUUGCGAGCUGCAGCUUUAAGAGUGCUCAGAUAUUUGAUCAGAACGGAAAGUGAUGUUGCGACGUUCAAUAACCUAAGGUUGCCUUAUCUGGUCACAAGGUCAAUGGACCUCAUGCUCCGCAAUGAAGAGGAGCGCGCCCAAGCUCUCCGCGUGGUCCGACGCGUGGUGGCCAUGGUCGGGUGCGUGGGCCCGCGGAGGCUGCGCGCCGCGCGCGUGGACGAGGGGCUGCUGCGGUGCCUGGCCGCGGUCGCCAGGGCGGGCGCCGGCGACGGCUCGCCCGACCGGCUCGCGAGGCCCGCUAUUGCGACUCUCGCUGAGAUCUGCGUGUUAAACCCCGACCUAUUCAUCGCCUGCGGCGGUGUAACAGCAGUGUCCCGGCAGCUAGCCGAGUGCGCCACGCCGCACAUGGCCGAGGCGCUUUGCGGCGUCCUUCUACACACGCUGAACGAGCCCGCCUCGAGGAACGCCGCCAGAGUGGACCUCGCAUGCCUCAGCUUCCCUUACUGCGACUUCCACAACAGGCCCCAGGGGGAUGCUAACAAAGAUGAGCGCGAGAUGCGGUUUACCUGCAGCCGGCUAGCGUUGCUCUGCGUGCUGCGCAGCUGGCCCGGUCUGCUGCAUUUCUGCCACCCGCGCAACACCGGCGGCCUGCGGGCCAUGGUCUCCGCGCUCUACCUGCCUAGAUUGGAAGUCAGGAAAGCGAUAUUAGAUCUGUUGUAUGAGCUCGUUGGACUGCCUCAGCCAGAGUGGACGGACGAGAUUUCUGUGGCACUAGACGCUGUGGAUCCGUCCGACUUCCAAGACUCGUGGCGACUAAACGAAGGUUUUGUGGCCGCGGAGGGCACAGCCAUUCUACCUCAUCUCAGCGCGACUGGCUCCGACAUCACUGAGAUCCAUCUCGCGCUGCUGCUACAAUGCUUUUUAGAGGCUGGUUUACUGGACGGCCUGACUGAAGUGAUAGUGACGAGCGACACGUUCAUAUCCGUCCGCGCGACCGUUCUCCUCGGUCAACUGUUGCAUUUAAUACACCUCUUCCUACCUCCCCAAGUCUGCAGUAUAACGCCAGCGCUGCCUCUGCUCAUGUCACAAGCGGCCAGCGGUCGACCACAAGCUUUAGCGGCAGUAGCGGCCCUUAGACGCCUCCACGCCAUACACGAAGCGCGCCCCGCUAGCCAUUCCCUAUUCCUCGACCAUAUCAUACAAUACUGUAGCGGCGCCUACAGACACAAACCUGAAGAUACCUCAAAAAGCAGAAAAGAAAUGGACAACGCCAACAUGGCUAAGCCUAAAACCUUCAUGUACAAGGAUAAUAGCAUAGAAUUCCUCAACGAGUCUGAUAAUGAAGAACCCAAGCAGCGCCACAGCAUCGGCUCGCGCGCCGACGUAGCCAACCGAAACUACGGUGCGUUAGUGAAAAGUAAAAGUGUGAGCUCCCGGACGGGUGCCGCGGUGAGCAAAGUGACUAAAUCGGCCAAGUUCUUUAAUCUGUUCGAUCGUGAUAGUGACAACCUGAUCCGGUGUACGCUCGUGAUGCAGAAUAAGGACGGCAACACGUGGAAUUGGGAGUUUAUCAGGGCUAUUUUGAAGGAGAACGACACCGCGCCGCUCCUGAACCUGUGCGACAGCGGGCACAAAGCGUGGGUGGCACGCAUCAUCAACUACUUGAAGCCUUCCUCCAACAAGUACUCCCACACGGACUUGUCUACCACAUCCAACGGGCACUCUACCACCCGGGCCGGCUGUCAGCUAAUCAGACACUUGCUGCGGCACAAUGACGCGGACUCUCAAAGACUGCUAGAAGAGCUCUUCUGGGACGUGAGCCGACAGGUGGAAGCCAUCGAGACCGGGCGCCGCGCCCACGAGUGCCUGUUCAGUCCGCAGCACAUGAGCAACACCAUGUGCCAGAUGUACUUCCUCUUCAUAGGACAGCUGUGCCACUCGCACACUGGCCUCGACCUGCUCAAGCACACCAACUUGUAUGACAACCUUGUGGAACUUUCAACAAAAACCCACCACAGUUGCUACGUGAAACUAGUCAUAUCUAGCCUCGACUACACUCUCGACUCGUACCCACGUGACAUACUGGCCAAAACCUUGACCUGCAGCAUCCAAGCUUCAAGACUGUACGCCACACAAUUCCUCACGGUAUUACUGCGGGCCUCGCAGAAAUCUAAAGAGUUGGUUCGAAGAAGGUCAAAGUUGAAAAAGAACUUGGUUCAGGAGCAUUUGAAGUCGUCUCAAAGAGAGGAGGAAACUAGUGGGGUGGACAUGGAUACUUGGUUGCUGCAGAUGCUUAUAGCGCAACUGAAGGACGAGUCGAAGACGGUAGUCAAGUGCGCUGUGAUGGCGUUAGAGGAAGCCUAUAGCGUACCUGCCUUAUUAGAGAAGCUAGUGCUUCAAAAGGACGUGCUCGGGCACAACUGCCGGUUCGACAAGAGCACGGAGCCGUCAGCGCUCGACUUGUCCGUGGCCGGCGACCGCGGGUACGUGAUCUGGCUCGGGCUGGAGAUCGCGGCCGCGGCCGGCUCGCACCAGGACCACAAGGCGAAGGCGUUCAUCAAGAAACAUGUCGACUACUGGGUCAAGAACUACAAUUACAGAUACGUGCGGCUGGUGGAGGCGGCGAUCCACGAGGCGCUGGCGCUGUGCUCGGGCGGCGGAGGCGCCCGGGCCCGGGCCCGGCGCACGGCGCGGCCGCCGCCGCACGCGCUGCACGCGCUCGCCCGCGCCGACCAUCUGGCGCGCGCCAUGCUGCCGCAGGCGCUGCAGCCCGCUCUGGCGGUGUUGCAACGCAAAACCUGUGUCACCGAGCAAGAGAUAAUGGACGUGAAAGCGUCUCUCUGGGCCGUCGGCAACGCCGCGCUGCACCCGCUAGGGCUCCAACAACUACUAUCACUGACCAACCCCAGCGAAGAGUCGGUACCGAUUCGGGUCGUAGCGCUGGCGAAACAAUGCCCCGUCUACUCUGUGCGAGCCACUGCUUUCUACGUGCUGGGACUGAUCGGGAGCACUUAUGAAGGGGCUAACUUGCUGGCGGACCUAGGUUGGCUGUGCGUGCGACAUACAAGACACGACCAAUUCCCCAUAAUCCAGGACGAAUUAUACGCCAUCCACAACCCGACACUCAACUUCAUCGCGUCCCCCGAACGGAGAUUCCAAGUGUUCGACGCAGAAGCCAGCGAGCACUCCGACCACACCGACCUCAGCGAGAGCCUGCACUCAGAAUUCACCAAACCGAGCAAAAUCAGCGAACUGAACCAAGACAUGGUCGAUAGCAAGCUUAACAUCAAAGAACCGGACAAAAGAAAGUCGCACACCCUCCCCUCUCAAGGCGCUUCGGUUAGCCGCACGCUUAUGACUGAGUCCAGAACGGUGGACAUGCUUCGGGAUUUCGAUCGGCCGCAUAGGAACCCCGCGGAGAGACUGAUUAGCAGAAUGAACUCUUUGGAGCAUGCUCACGAAGGCAGGGUGAGGAAUACAAGCGAGUCGAGCACGAGUGGCGUUAGCAGCUGCGAUUCUGUUCUCGGGAAAUAUACGAUUCCUGAUCGAGUUCUGACGCUAAGUCCCAUACCGAGCUCGUCGAGCCUUUACGGAAUGAAAGGUAGUAGCGGCUCGCAUCGACCAAGGCUAUCGGAGACUCAGCGACGGACUUCAAGUUCAAGUUUCACAGCUCCAGAUGUGUCGUGCUCGCCACCCUCCCAGCUAGACAUGAGUGGAUAUGCCACCUUAAUAUCACUCAAUAAACACAGACGGCCUCACCUGUCGGAGAGCGCGGCGUCCGGCUCGAGUGACAUGGACGAUCUGAGCUGGCUACUGUCCGACACGCACCGGCGCAGCAAACCCUUCUCUUCGUUGAGGGAUCGCGCCAAGUCAACUAGAGAGAGGAUGGCCAAGUUGAGCUUGCUGGAGUACGACUGGAAGCCGCUAAGCGUGGCGGAGGCGGGGCCGGGCGCGGCCCGGGCGCCGCCGCGCGCCGCCGCUGAAUUACAUGAUAUCGAUAUGGAUGAGAAAGACCCUCUGAAAGUGAACAAAUCCUCGACGUUACUGAACGACACGAGCAUCGCUAGCACUGAAAAGCCACGAUUAAGUAAAUGUCUCGAAGUGGACGUGUCGAGCGCGACCGACGUCAGCUCCCGAGUAUCCAGCGCCACCGUCACCGGCAGAACGCUAACCGACAAAAACAAGGAAGCUAACCAGAAGGAACACGAGAAGGCAAUCGAACGACAAAGCGGUGUCGAACGACAAAGCGGUGUCGAACGACAAAGCGGUAUCGAACGCAGCGCUAACGAGUCCUGUGCGAACGACAAGGAAGCAAAGGAGUUGUCAAACGAUGGGGCGUGGAGGCACGCGGCCAACGAGUGCCUGGCGUGCGUGCGGACAAGGCCGCCGUCCUCGCACGAGCUGAGGGAGGCGUUUUUCCUUGGUAAGUUGGAAAUAGAUACUAGAAACUCGAUAGGCGGGGCCGGCGACAGCUCGCGCGCCGGCAGCGCGGCGGCGGAAGGCUCGCGCGCCGCCGCGGCCGCGCCGCAGGCCGAGCUGCUGCACCACGUGCGCUGCAUGUCCAACCCCAUCUACCUGCGGCAGACGCGUUCCGCGGUGCUGUCGCUGAAGCAGAAGCACCCGGACGUGUUCCGCAGCGCGUGCGUGUACUCGGACGUGUGCGGGCAGCUCGCGCGCGCCACCUACCUCAUGUGCGCGCGCCGCUUCCUGCACGAGCUCUUCCUCGACGCCACCUUCGAGUGCUUCGCCGACGAGCCCCGGGCGCUGCUCGCGCGCCACAAACCUGCCACCGCGGUACCCGAGGCGAGGGAGUAG